AUGGAGCUGUUUAUGAGAAUCCGUCGCUCAUUGGUCGACGACGUUGUCAUGACCACAGUGCGCUCUGUCAUUGGUUGGUACGGCUUCUUAUUUCGACCAAUGGCGAAGCGCGCUUUUUACAAACGGCUGCGAGUCCCGGAAGUUGACAGAGAGCCCACUGAGAGUUGCUCUUCACAUCUUGCCAUCAUCAUGGACUCCUCUCCAGUCCUUCGUCAGCAAAGUCACAACAAAAUCCGCACUGACUUCAUGAGAACGAAGAAUGAACAUAACAAAAUGCCAGCGCACCCAAAGCCUUCCAAACUCCUCUCCGUACCUCACCUUUCUAACCAGAAUAUAGAGAACCAGAAUCCGGGAAGCUCAGAAAUGGGUAGGAAGGCACCUGUGCGUCCAGGUGUAAGUAGGCUUCCAGUGCUUGCAAAGUCCCUUCGUCUUCAGACUCCAUCCGACUUCAGUCAGUCGCACUGUAGGUGGGAGGAGAAACCUCUGGCUGGGAAAACUAGGAAGAAAAAGCCGUGCACCCGGCCUGUACCUUUCAACCUGUCUCAGCCCAAGAGCUCAAGAGUGACCAUUGAAAAUCAGCAGCCCCUCACUGUUUCACCAUCGAGGACUCAUGCUGUCCAACCUAGUCGCAAUGUAUGCAAUGCUCGUCUAAAAACCCAAAACAUAAAUGCAAAACCUACUAAACAUCCAGCUACGUUACACCACAAUGUGGAAUCAACUAAAGGCACAGGGACGUCUCAUGGAAAGGCUAAAGAAAAUACAUACAGACAGCCGUCAGGACAAUCUGGGCCUUCCAACACAUUUAAGACAUCAGUCACUUUGUCCAAUCCUUUAUCAGCCAUUCUUAAUAAUGCUAUGCAUCAGAUCAGCGCUGCUUCUUCUGCGCUGCCUGCUGUCAGUGCAGAGGCCUGUUUGGAUAACAUGAGCCUGCUCAGUCUCAAAGAUCCAGCCAAGACAUCCCAUGCAGGGACCACGCAGGGCAAUUUAUCCAAAAGUUCAACCGACAAAGGGGAGAACUUCCAGUCUGAUCAUGCGGCUUUGCUCAGUAUCCUCCGAAACCAAGGAGUAAUGGCCACAGGUCUGGGAUCUGCUUCUCUACACUCCAAAACCACCAACUAUCUGCCCCAGCGAGUGUCAGCCAUGAAGAGUCGACACAAAGCUGGACUUACUACAGGAUCAAUGAAGUCGGUGCAAUUCUCCCCAGACUCCGCUGCUCUGCGAAGUAUCCUGCAGAACGAGGGAGUGAAGGGUGGAGGGCUUCUGGGUGCCACAUCUCGAAGCUCUGUCUGUCCAUCAGGCAGAAACACUUCAAUCUACACAGCUCAGAGAGUGCCGGUUAGAAAGAAUCGUGCAGAGGCGACUGGAGGAUCAGCAGCUGUUUUAUCCUCGGCAGUAGCAGUCAAAGAGUCUCCACUGUCGAAAUGGACUCCACAGAGGGUCCGCGACACCAGGCACCAGCCCAUGUCUGCUAUGAAAUGGCACCUGUCGACACAACAGUCACCGUACGCCGCCACUCCCGGGCUUCAGAGCUGCAAAGCCAACCUUCAGCCGCACCAGGAGGAGAUCGUCCAGAGAUUAUUUGAUGAUCAAGAGGACGAGCAGAGCACCGAUGUGACGGACAAAGAUGCUGAGACACGAGCAGAGCAGCUCCCAGUUCAAGUCACAACUACUAAAUCCCUCUGUGAAGAAAAGGAAGAGGCGAGCAGGGUCAGCAGUGACGAGGUUGAAGAGGAGGAGCAGAGGAUUGUGGGAGGACAGCCGUUCAUCCAGGAACCCCAUAGAGAGUCUGUCAUUUUUUUCUCAACGGGCAAAACGCUGUUAAGAGCUCCACGCUUCGUGAAGCAGGAGGGCUCAGCCCGUGACAAGCAGCAUGGCCCGGUUCUGCCAGUACACGAAGAGGUGUCAUCUGUGUCAGCGCCAACCUGUCAGAUCAAACCUUCUGUUCAGAGUCUGCACAGAGACCUCAUUGUUCAGAAAAGUUGUGCUCUGAAUCCUGCAGUGGCGAUGCUGCGUAAGCGUCUUCUUGCUCUGGAGGAGCUGCGUUUGGACGAGGAGGUGGCCUCCUACACCUCAGCGCCGGACCCGAAUGCUCCGGGGUUUCUCCGCCCUCGGCCCCGCUGUGGAAACCCGCUGGCCUCCAUCCUGCUCUCCAAAGAGUCCUCUACAUUUGUUCCGAUUGGUUUCGAGCUCUCGUCCGGCUGCUCUUCUCCUCUCGGCUCUCCGCUGCAGCAGAGAUGACUUUGCACUACAACAACAGUAUUUGUUUGACUGAUUAAUAUCCAGAGUGGAUGAGUAAAAAAUAAAAUCACUCUGGUGUUACUGAUGAGACUUUUUUUAAUGGAACUAUGUCCAACACUGUCGUUGCCAGCCUUAAUACCAGUCCAAAGAAUGCUGCUAGUAUAUAUUUUUAGAAACCUUUUUGUCUUAUAAAUGUUUAUGACCGCUCUCUGUAGAUGCUUUUUAAAAAAUAAAAAAAAACUUGUAUCUGUUAAAUAAUGCAUCUUCUACACUGCAGGCACUCAUGUAGACAGUGUAGAUGCACGCCUAUUAGAAACAAUGUUGGAAAAAUAAACGUUUUAAAAUGUCAA